UUAAGCGGAGCAUGUAAUAGGUUUGAGUUCCACAUGCCAAAAAUAGAAUCAACUGCCCAGCUCGAGCGACAGGAUCUUUUCUUUUUCCAGAACAAACAAGGAAGUUUGGACAACGUGAUGCUUGUCUUUCCCCACAGCUGUUGACACGUCUGUAGAGCAAGACAAGUUUACGGUACUUUAUUCAGAUUUUGGCCAUAAAUCUUGCAUCUGAAAUGAACUUUAUAAGGAACUGUUUUGGAAAGCUGUUAGAGUGGGUAAGCGUGUGGAUGAAAUAUGGUCUGGGUAGGCUUUGCAGAAUUUUUCCCAGAGCUGGUGCAUGGACAACAGGUGUCACCCACCGCCACCACCACCACCACCAUGGUGCGUCACGGCAAGGAAACUCAGACGAGUGGGAAAGCAACAAGGCACUUCGCACAUAUGACCUGGGAGGCCAAGGCAGAAAUAUGGUUACAGUCCAAACCAGGACACACACAUUCCGUCAUUUCACCAUCCAAGCAGGCAGACCUGGGAAGGCUUUCUGAGUGUAGCGAGUACUUCAGAGCUUUGUCCCAGUCUGGGAUGAGGGAGGCCACAGAGAACCUGGUCCACCUGGACCACGUUUCCUCAUCUGUCUUUCACCACCUGCUGGAGUUUUACUUCCACGAUACGUUUGAAGCCCCGCAGGAGGAGGAAUUAGGCCCACAUAUACAGGUCAGCAGCUACCUCCUAGCUGAGGCCUUCCUUUCGCAGUGUCUGUCCAUGCUGCAACAGGAGCUAAGGCCAGAGAGGUGUCUGUCGUACCUGAGUCUGGCUCGGGAGAUUUGCUGUGUGGAGCUGAGGAGCACCGUGUUCACCUACCUGAGCAGGAACCUGCUGGAGCUGCCUCACGUCGUCAGGUGUCUGAGCGACGAGGAGAAAGAGGAGCUCAUCCAGCUCAGGACGCGAGAGAAGCCUCGUCUCUGCGGCCUUCGCAAGGAGAACCUGACGUCCUGGAAGGACCCGGCGACGGAGCACGCCCGGCACGUGUUCACCGAGCAAAUCGGAGCGUGGCUUCCCAUUGCGGAGUUCCCUUUCAGGGCCGACAAGUGGUGCUUCACGGCCGUGGUGUUGUAUAACUACUUGUACAUCAUAGGAGGCUACAGGACUCUGGUGAGAAGCAGGUGGGACUUCAAAAUAGCAACGUUUAGGUAUAAUCCUUUGACUCGGGAGUGGACUGCCGUCGCGCCGCUUAUUAAGCACAGAAGGCACUUCAGCGCAGUGGCCUGCCAGGGCCGUAUCUAUGCAGUGGGCGGCUGGUAUUUGGACUCUCUGGUCACCCCAGACUCCAGCACGGCCCUGUACACGGCCGUGGAGUGCUACGAUCCAUGGGAGGACACGUGGAGGUUUGUCUCGCCGCUCCCCCUCACCGACUUCCAGUUCACCGUGUCCCUAUCCCACGACGUGCCCCUGGCGACAAGUCUGGGACACUGUCUCUACGUCCUGGGCAGCAUCCAGAGGACUGGAGAGAAACUGCUGCUCCAGUAUGACACCAGGGAAGACUUGUGGCAGGAGCUGCUUCCCACGCUCACCCGAGCAGACGCAGACCUCCCAGCUCUCUACUUCCUGGGCGCCUCCGACGACUUGCUGGUGAUUGGAGGAAACAACUCACACAACGUGGUCACGUCGUUUUGCAUUCGCUCGCAGAAAUGGGGAAAGGUGCACAGUGUGCAGAAAGCGGCUUUCGCGGGACAGGGGGCGCUGUUGGGCGAGCAGGUGGUGAUGCCCAGUGCGGAGCACAACAGUGUCGUGAUGAUGGAUGUGCAAACUCUCUCGCUGAAGGUUCUGACUCCUUUGCCCAUCUCCAUCUGCUAUGAUGCCAUCUUUUACCUGCACUUUUGAUAUCACACUCCACUAUAUGUAUAUUAUGGGUAUACUCUUACUUUACUAGGAACAAAAUUCUAAUGUUAGGCUACCAUUAAUUUAUCAUUAUUAUUAUUAUAUAUUAUGCUACUAUGUUACUCACAUGAGGCCUCACUGUGUCUUUAGUGAAUGAACGUCAGUUGAAUGUUCAUAUUUACAGUAUAUUCACCGGUCAAAAGAGCAAUAUUUUGCCUUUAAUAUAUGUACAGUCUACUAAAUAAAUAUUUCACCAUCUAACUAAUACAUCUCUGAGCUUUCUUUUGUCAGACCUUUCAAAUAUUUAUUUGCGACAUUUCUAAUUAUGUACAUUUUCUUAUUUAUUUGUAUAUUUUCUAAUAAUGCCUUUUUGGGAAAUGUCUAUUUCUUAAUUUCCUUUUUGUAAUAUCUAUAUUAUAUUAUAUAAUAUACUAUAUAUAUUGUCUAAUGUCAUAUAAUAUUUGUUUCUAUAUUUAUUAAUGCUUUAAUGAUUUUCUUUCUAAUUAUUUCUACAUUUUUUUUUAAUAAUGCCCUUUUCCUUAUUUAUUUUUUUUAUUUCCUUGUAAUGGCCUUUUUGUAAUGUGUAUUUCUAUAUUUAAUAAGGCCCCUUUAACAAUAUUUAUUUCAAUAUAUUGUUUAAUAAUACCUGUUUUCUUCCCCAAUUUCAAUUUUUAGAUUUUCUAAUAAUGCCGUUUUUCCAACUAUUUUUUAUUUAAUAAUGUGCCCUGUGACUGACUGGCGACCAGUUCAGGGUGUAGUCCACCUUUUGCCCAAAGUCAGCUGGGAUAGGUUCCUCGCGACCCUAACCAGGAUAAGCGGUGUUGAAAAUGGAUGGAUGGUUAUAUCUAAUAAUGCCCCUUUUCCGUUUACUUUUAUAUUUUCUAAUAAUGCCCUUUUCAAAUGUAUAUUCUAUAUUUUCUAAUGCCCCUUUUCCUAAUAUGUAUUUGAAUGUUUUUCAAUAAUUCCCUUUUCCUAAACUUGAUUUGCAACCCUGUGAAUAAAACCUAUCUUUAUUUAAUUAUAAAGGCGUUACACAGCAAAAUCUUUGAAUUUUCUUCUUUAGGUGAUUAUCUGUAACAGGGUUGCACCAAACAAAUAAAAUAUCUCAUAAAAAGUGUACUGUUGAUGGUUGAGCUGGACAAAUCAAUUUAUGUGAUUGUAUAUUACCUUUUUUUGUACUGAAAGCAUAAAAGAUGAUGAAAUAAAUGGUCAGUUCUGUCUA